AUGAGUCUCAGUGGUGCUUCUAAAAUUUCUUCUGAAAAACCAGCGUCGGAUCAACGCUCGGAGAGCAGCGGUCUACUUCCCUCCUACACACGACACGUCUCCCUCACCGACUCGGCUGCGUCCAAACUCUUACCAAGCCAACAACAGCAACAGCAACUCCAAAUCCACCAACAGACGACUCAGGGAACGCUGUCCACCACCUCCUCAACUGAAGCAGGCACACCAAAUCCCUUCUCUGGCACCCUGCCAGUCCAUUAUCAUGGAAAAAGGGAUAGUAUUGAAAUAGGGUCGAUGGGGUGUGAUCUCUACAAUCAAGGCAAGGUCUAUCUUAUCAAAAUCGCCGACUCAAAUGCUCUCGAUCAGCAUCAAAAUAAUCACUUGAAGGCCUCCCCAAAUAAUAACAUCUACGAUGACGAACUCAUGAAUCCCGGUGUUCGAGGUGCUUUUCAUACCAUCACUCCAACGUUGGUUCGACUGCCUGGAUCCAACGAGCCGACCGAGUUGAUGGUAUGCCAUCGUUUAGCUGAUGAUGGCUCGAAUUUGUCGAAGACUCAAUCAGAAGCUGAUUUCGCAGCUGGCGGGAAUCACAUUCAUACGCCUUCUCAAGCACAGUCCUACUUACUUAUUUCCCCUCUACAGUCUGGAACACCACCUCAAAGCACAAACGCUGAUAUUAAUUCGCAGUAG